CGUGAGAGGAUCUUCGCGUUAUUAUAGCUCAGCAGCAACGAACAAUAGAUUGAGAUUGGAAACGUCAAAACGUGAGGAACCAUUGUUUGCACCAUCCAUCAGGAACUGCAAUAGCAAAAGCGAUGAAGGUGCCACCAGAAGUGCAAUGUAAAACGUGCUCGCAGGUGUUCUGCUGUACAAAAUGUCGGAUCAAACAUGAGGACAACAACCAUCAGGAGAUGCGGGCUAUACGGCAGAUCUGUUACAUCUGCAAUGGACGACCUUUUCCGCUGCGAAUCGAUACCAAAAUAACGCCCGGCAAUCUUCUAGUGAAUCACAUUUUGAAGGAACAUCUUCCACUGCGGUGCAAUCGAUGUGCUAAGGUAUUCACUCACGUUUCGGACUUCAGUUCAAUAAUGCGUUGCCUCCAUCGUAACAUCAACGAUCAGAAUCUAGACAGUACUUGUUACUUAGAGAGAAAUCAUAUUGUCCAGGUCGAAUGCGUCGAUGGGAGCAUAAGUUCAGUUGAGUCAGAAAAUAAGGAAAAUCUAAUUGAUAAUUCUUCGUCCUCCACCGAUCGUUCGGAUGCCACUCAAAAAAGUGGACAUGGUCCGGCAACUGCUAUAAAAAUCAAAGGUCCUUUGAUGGCGCCGACUCCACAGGUGUCGAAAGAUUUGAAUGCGAUCUCUGAAGCGCCAGACGACAUCAAUGAAGCAUUGCUGACCCCGUUGUCCAUGAUCAAUCUUCGGUGGAAGCGCAAAAGUCGCCAGAGCUUUGACAGUAUGCUUUGCACAACGGGUAACAUUUCGGCUGUGAAUGCUUCGACUGGGGUAAGCAACAGUCCGGGGAAAAAGUUAGUACGAACUACUUCUACUCCGAUGGUUUACGGUUGCAUGACAAAAACGGUAGGAAACGAGUCAUACAGUGCAAUAGGACAGGUGUCCAGUAUUCAUAGCAAUAGCGGAAGUGAGUCUGAUUCCCGAUCCAAUGACAUAACACCCAUUUCGCCGACUUCCUAUGAGAUCAAAAAAGUUAGAGCUAUCAUACGUAGUCGAUCCAAAGUGGCGGCCACCCCCUUGAGACAAGUGAUGUCCCGUAGCAUCCAGCGAGCAAUUGCUCAGCAUGGAUACUACAGUAAAAUGGUAGCACCCGGGACCCAGCGCAAGAUGAGUUUCAAUACAACAGAAGGCAGUAGCAUGAACAGCGGUAUAGACUCCCCAGUAAAAGAAGCGCUAGAUCUUAGAACGACUCCAGCACUCAAACGAUCUUCCAGCGAAUCAUCAUCAGGUUCUAAUCGCUCAUCAAAAAUGGUUCGUCUGAGUUCAAAAUAUCGUAGUGAGGACUCCAGUGCAACAACGCUAGAAGGUACAAAUCCAACAGCUGGAAACGACGUUGACCAAGAAAAUCGAGAUAAUCACAGAAUAUCCGAUGAAGCUGGCAUGUUAAAACCUGUACCCAGUCAUUAUCAGGACACACCUCGCAUUUCAAACGGUAUGCUUAAGAAGGUGAUUUCAUUCGCUACUCCAGACCUAACAAAGCUAAGAAAUACUAUGGCUGAUUCAAGUCCAGACGAAAGUCGUGAGAUCUGGGCCACUCCAUGUGCUCCUCCGCCGAGAAGUUUGAGCUGUUCAGCACUUCAGGAGUCCAAAUACGAUUCAUUUACCAAUGACGAAAAUAGUGACGCUUCCAGUUCGGACGAAGUCUUCCUUCCACCGGCCAGAUCACGAUCAUGCAAACAGCUAAAAUUACACUCCCAAUCUCCGCCAAGUACUGGUAAGCUGUGGACCAUAGUUUCCAACGUGAUUCGCUUGGCUUCUCGAUCGGACGUCCAAGACGAACUGUCCGGCACUGGUAGCGAGUCAGAUGGAAGCGUAAAUUCUAAAUCAUCAUCCUCAACGUUGGUUCAAACGGCGGCCUCCUUUGCGGGGUAUCUGAAAAAUCGUUUUCAAGCAACGACCUCGCUCGUUUCUCAACGAACUUCAUCAUCUGGUUCGGACGACUACACCGCGGCAGCCAACCGGUACAGUGCCAAAAGGCGCCGGGCUAACACUUUGUACAGUCGCCCCUACGAAACAGGCGGAAUGAGUGGCCGUGCUUUAUCCAGCCCCAUUGCCAAACGGAAACGCAUCCAAGGGCGACAACCAAUCGAAAGGAUGAGACUGAACAUGGGCGACAGCGGAAGUGAUUUUUAUUAACCAAUUAUAAAUUUUAUUCGAUAACCCGUUAGGGUGAAAGUUAGCUUUUUAUGUAAUUUUUGUAAUAUUUUAUCAAUAAUAGUGCCAUACUGUGGAGAUAUCAUUGAAAUAAUAAACUAACGUAAGACGAAUUUGUUUUGGAAAAAUGUGAAAUGUU